UACAAGAGAAAUUAAGAAGAAACUACUCAUUGGCGAAGUUUUAACUAAGCAAAUCGAGUUGAAUAAAAAUACGUGCACCACUUUACAACAAAAAGAAGUUUUGUCUUCAUGCGUUUCUGGAGGAUUAAUAAAAAAAUAUAAGCUGAUGAAUGCUAUGAAAAACUUGGCCUCUACGUACAACCAACGAAAAUUUUUAACCAACGAUAAGAAAAUAAAUUACAACAAGAGAAAAAGAAAAUCGCUCACAGUACUGCUAAAGUGUCAGGUACAAAGUUUCCUCUGCAGUGAUCCCAAUUCCAUUGUUACUCCAGGAAAAAAUGACACUCUGACCAAGAAUAGUAUUACCAAACAAAAGAGAUUACUCACUGAUACUCUUUAUAACCUUUACAGGAAGUUUAAAAAUGAAAAUAAUGUCAAAGUUUCUUAUACUACAUUCACAAGACUUAAACCAUUUUGGGUUGUUACUCCGAAAUUAUCACAGAGAGAUACGUGCCUUUGUGUAAAACAUUCAAACUUUAAUUUCCUUAUUCGGACAUUAAGACAGUAUUUAGUUAUCAAUAUCAAUUCUCUCCUAAACCUCUCUGAAUUUAUUUGCUGUGAUAGUAUAUCUAAGAGUUGUAUGUACAGAAUGUGUGAUUUGUAAAGUAAAGACCGUUGAAAUCAGUUUUCAGAGAGUUGAACCCACCACUGUAUUACACUAUUAUCAAUGGCGUACCACACAAGAGAGCAGAGUCAUCAAGGAUAAAUUGAAAAUUGUAAAAGUGACGAAGAAAUUAAGGCUAAAUGCCACUGCUGAAGAAUUGAUCAAUGUUUUUAAUAACGAAACUCCAAAAAUUUUACAACAUUCUUACCGCAUUUAUCACCAGGGUCUCUUUUUGAAAAGAGUAAAAACUGAAAUGGCAGAAGAUGAAAUUUGCUUAAUAAUAGACUUCUCGGAAAACUACAAUUUUAAAUACACUGAUGAAGUUCAAAGUGUCCAUUUCGGAGCUUCAAAGGUCCAAUUAAGUCUUCAUACUGGGGCCUACUAUUAUAAAGAAAACGGGGUAACCAAAUGCCAAACGUUUUGUAGCACUUCUUCUUGUCUUCGACAUGAUCCUUGUGCUAUAUGGGCGCAUAUUUUGCCAAUUUUUUCGAAAAUUACAACUGAACACACACGUGCGAAAGUAAUCCACGUUAUGAGUGACGGACCCACAACCCAAUACCGUAACAAAAAUAAUUUUUAUUUGUUUGCACAUUUUUGUGAAAAGUUGGAGCUCAAAAAUGCAUCCUGGAAUUUUUUUGAGUGUGGUCACGGAAAAAGUGUUGCAGAUGGAGUUGGGGGGCUUGUCAAACGAACUGCUGACCAGAGUGUCGCUCAGGGAACUGAUGUAUCGUGUAUUGAGCAGUUUCUAGAAAUAAUGAAAGAAAAACUUGAAAGGACAAGCAUCUUUCAAAUUUCUGGAGCGGAAAUAUUAGAAGUCGAGGAAUUACUACAGGAUAAGAAAAUACAACCAUUGCCUAACACCAUGAAGUUGCAUCAAGUUUCCUGGAUCAGUUCGAACAGUGAUACCUUGUAUUUGCGAGAACUGUCGUGUUUUCAGUGUAGGAAUUCCAUUUCCUGUCCGCAUAAUGCUAUUACACCGAGUCAGUAUCAACUGAAAUCUGGCAUGUCCAAAAAAUGUAAUCGUAGCAACCCCGACCUAGAUAAAAUAGAGAUAGGCACCGCAAUUUCUGUAUCUAAGGGUAAUACGACACGGGAAGAAAAUACGGAAGUAAAUGAAAUCAGUGGGAAAUAUAAGAAAGACGAUUGGGUGGCCGUCGUUUUUGAUGAUCAGUGGUAUCCAGGACAGGUGUUAUAUGCUGACGGUAAUAGUCUAGAAAUAAAAUUCAUGACUAGAUCCAAAAGGAAUUUUAUGUGGCCACAAAAAGCAGACGUCCAGAAGAUUCCACAAGAUGGAGUACUUUGCCCUCUGAAAGUUCCUACCAAAUUGUCUUCACGUGUUUUUAAGUUUGAAAACUCUGAUUCAUUGAACUCUCUAAUGGAGUCCCUUGACUAGUUUUACAGUGUUCUAAUGCCUUUUAUAAUGUUUGAGUUUGGUUUUCUUUUUAAUAAAUACCAUGUUUACUUUUUGGUAAUUUUGUUACAUUACCGUCCCUUCAUAAAC